AUGGUCAAUUUCACGAUACUCGCAGGCGGUUUCUCCGUACCCGGACUAAUAUCCACCUAUGUAUUCAACAACGAUACCAACACUUUAUCAAUAGCUGCACAAAGUUUGUCUGGCGAUGAUCCUUCGUGGAUCGCUCUUCAUCCUCAAGACCCGAACGUGCUUUAUUCAGUCAAUGAAAUCCAAACAAUCGGAAACCUUCAAUCAUUCACAAUUAAUAAUGAUACUUCAUUGUCUCUAAUCGAUACCGUCUCCACUCAAGGCGUUGGACCGACUUUUACAAAUCCCCUAUCAACAGGCGAAGUGUCCGCUAUGAACUUUGGCUCCCCAAAUUGCUCUUUCAUCUCAACUGAUCCAAGCGACCCUUUGCACUUCAUUCCAACCAACUCGUCUGUUGUUGCUUUUCCAAUACCAGAAGGUGGAAAAUCGAACCCUCAUAUGUCGUUGGAGUAUAACGAUGAAGUGUUGGUGGCGGAUCUCGGUGCAGACAAAAUUUGGCGUAUCGGAAAGAAUGACCCGUCAGGGAAUGGCAGUUUCACUGUUCAAGGACAGAUCGAUAGAGAUCCUGGUUCUGGUCCACGUCGGUUGGCCAUCUAUAAUGACAUCCUCUUCGUCGUCUCCGAAACUACAUCUACCCUCACCGCUCAGCGCAUCCCAGCCGGACCCAACGGUACAACAUCUUCGCUCCUCGCAAACAUCAGCACCUUCCCCGCUGAUGCACUCCCCGGCUCCAAAUUCGCCGCAGCAGAACUCUUGAUAUCUACACCAACAGAGAGAUUCCCUAAUCCUUUAAUCUACGUCAGCAACCGUAAUAUUGGGUCUACGAUUGACCCCAAAGGCGAUACUAUUGCCAUAUUCGAGUUUGUUAACGGAACAACACUGACGCUGUCGACCCCAGAGUUCAACAAUACUGUUACAAACGCGAAACGCAUGAAACGUGUCAGCAGGUCGAGCACGCUUCGCCGGAAUAAUAUAUCUUCAGAAUCUUCGACUUCUAAUUCAGAAGGAGCAGGCUACUCCUUCAACCUUCUUGCGCAAGUCCCUACAGGGUUGCAACAAAUUCGGAGUAUGACGUUGGGAAGAGUAGAUAAUGGCGGAGAUGCGUAUAUCGUUGCUGGAGCGACUACCACCGGUGGUGUCAGUAUUCUGGAACGAGUUGAUGGGGGAAGAAACCUUACCUUGCUAGCUAAUAAUCAGGAUGUACAGAAUAGGACCAGCUUUGUUUUCCUACCUUCGUCAUGA